GCUUGGGUGUUUAGUGCAACGCUUCGGCAAGAUACCCGGAAGUAAACAGAAUAAGUUAUGUUAAAGAGAAAUUAGAGGCAUCAGACAUGUCGGAAGGUGUUCGAUACUGUGCGAAAUGCUCGUAUAUCUUUUUGAAGUUUACUUUAGUGGCCUAUGCUACCGUGUUCUGGCUGGUCGGUGGCUUCAUCUUGGCCAUUGGCAUUUACGCUGAAGUGGAAAGGCAGCGGUACAAAACUCUGGAAGAGGUCUUCCUUGCUCCAGCCAUCAUUCUCAUCCUGCUUGGGAUUGUCAUGUUCAUUGUCUCAUUCGUUGGCGUGUUGGCGGCGCUGCGAGACAACUUGACUCUCCUCAAAGUGUUUCUCUACACAUUGGCUCUCUGUCUGAUUUUGGAGCUUCUAGGUGGAAUUCUGGCUCUACUGUUCAGGAACCGAACGGUUGAUCUGCUUAACAAAAAUGUUCGUAAAGGCAUGGUGAAUUACUAUGAUGACCUUGACUUCAAAAACAUCAUGGACUUUGUUCAAAAAAAGUUCAAAUGCUGUGGUGGGACAGAGUACUCAGACUGGGCAGUAAACAUGUAUCACAACUGCUCUGCCCCAGGACCUCUGGCCUGUGGAGUGCCUUAUACAUGCUGUCAUAGCCAGCCAAAUGAAGUUAUAAACACUAUGUGUGGAUACAAAGUCCUAAACAAACAGAGAUUAGACCUCAUAAACAUCAUCUAUGUGCGAGGAUGCACAGAUGCUGUUUUCAUCUGGUUAAUGGAUAACUACAAGAUCAUGGCUGGACUCCUCUUUGGAAUUUUAUUUCCACAGUUCUUUGGUGUGAUUGUGGCCUGGCUAUACAUCACUCGAGUGGAGGACGCUAUCGAGGAGUAUGGAAACUAUCAGGACACCCUGAUAAACAGUGAUGCCAAGAAACAGGGCAAGAUUGCCAAAUGCUGUAAAUGUAUGCCUCUUUUUGACUGAAUGAACCUUUGAAACACACUAACCAAAGAGCAUCAGCCUAAACUACAUGAUCUUAUUUAAAGUUACGUUAAAGUCUGAUUUUACAGGGUUGUAUUGCUGCUGAUUUUAGGCAAUCCUCAGGGAUCUUUAGGCCACUAGUACAAAUCUUAUCUUACAGUGGAUGAAGAUAGCAGUUAAUGCUUGAAUAUAUUUUUGGAGCCACUGUCUUUAAGCUGAUAAAUAUGUUUUAAAUAUCAUGGUGUAUAACUGCCCUGGGCAAAUAAAACUAUAUUCUGUUUUAGAAGUAGAUAAUUACGUAGAAUAAUUUUAUUAAUAACAUGUUUUUAAGAAUUUGAACCACUAGACAUUGCAGAACACUUUUUAUGAGGUGGGAUAAAGCUUAUGGUUUUCCUAAUAGAUUUUGUACUGUACGUUAUGCAUUGCGCUUUAACCCAUUUCUUUUUUUUAACUUUAAGUAAAAAACCCUGCCUCGUAAUUCACUGCAUUGUGUUUUUGGUUGGCUGUGAAUCAAAGGAUUUUCAUAUGACUGAGUUUAAUAAAAGAAGUGAUUAAAAAAACUAAAUGUGCCUAAGGAUGCCUAGAUUCACAUUACUAUAAGCUGACCCAAAGCUGAUUUUCUGCCUUAAUGUGACACAGAUGUGUGAACACAAAAAUAUGAUCUUUUCAAAUUUAUUCCCGAGCCACUUCUUUAAGUCACUUACUUUAAUAUUAGGUAUUACCCAUUUUCUUCGAUUACUGCGUGCAUUUCCUGAAUCACAGAUUUAACAAGCUCAUGCAACAUCACAAGAUUUCCCUCCAUCCAGUGUUGCAUUAAUUUUUAACUGGGAUCUUUUACUGCUAACGAAAGUCCUGUCAAGUACAUCCAGUCCAAAUUUUUCGGUGGAGUUAAGGUGUGGCAGCAAAAUAAUGUGUGAGAACUACUCUUUCAAAUUUAAGACCAAUGAAUCUUGUCAUUGCUAUUGUGGAAUUUGCCUGUGCCAUCAGAAACGAUAAUGAUGUAGCAUUAACCUGACCAUCUGAAGUGGAUGCCGAUCAUCCAUACAGCUGUUUAGUUCCAAUCAUGAGUUGUACAUGUGGAAAUUGUGUUUAGAUAUUGCAGAUUCUUCCACUUUAAAAUAUAGCUGUGAUUUCUACAAUGGCUUUUUUUUUAAUGAUGCACAUCCCAAUUCCUCUCCUGUACACACACCUCUCUUGGCACCACAAUUUCCAGCAAUAGCUGCAAAAACAACUUCUCAGCUAGAAUAUGUACAGCUGACAAAAAAUAACACAUUUGUUGACUUCCAGAGCACAUUGCGAUGCAUACUAAUCUAUUUAUUUGUUGUUCUGCUAUAAUGAGUUGUCUCACAAAUAUAAUGUUUACCGUUGAUGUGAAUCAUACAGUGCUAAUUUUGUAUGGGUAAUGGGUAUUGUAUGGUAUGGGUAUUUUCACAUUAUUGACAGUUAUUACCAUUGUAAGUCAGAGGGGGAAAACAUCCUUAUUGUGUAAUAAAGCUGGUAAAGUAAAUUCUCACACUCUAUGAACUCUGGGCUUUAAUUGAGUUGUUGGACUGUUAUGUGCCAAGGAAGAUUUGCCUAAUCUAAUCAGUUCUGUUUGUUAACUCACCCACCAAGCUUCAGUAAUUUUCUAUUUUUUCACUUUGAAAGUCAUUUCCAUAAUUUGCUGUACAUUUCUUAUAGGUAAAAAGUACAAAAUCAGGUUUCCUUCUCAAUGGAACAAAUAGUGGUUCAACUUGGUAAAUUCCUUCAGUGUAACAUUUGUAUUAGUUACAAAGCGCAACAAUUACACAUUUUUAUUUUCAGUUUAAAGGAUGGUUUCAUUACUUAGUUUGUCAGCUGUGAUACUAAAAGAACUUUAUCAUGCAACCUAAAAAUUAUUUAUUCCAAUGCCAAACAUUGCGGCAUUAAAUACUGUCACGUUGUUCUGUGGUAAACUUUAUGAUCACACUUUGAUCACACUUUGAUUUGUUGUGCUUCUCUAAAUAAACUCCCCUCCUUUCUGGAUCAGCAUUCUAAUGAA